AUGCACUUCUUUAAGCGUGCAGCUUCAAGCCAGAAUCUUGACAACGUUAUUAAAGAGGAUCGGGAGCAGAGGGCAUCCUCUCAGAAACCGGAGCCGCAGCCAUCUAUGAUACCCCAAAGCUUCCCUGGUAUGGCGCAGUCUCUGACGAGGCCCCUCUUCCGGGGAUCUGGAGCGUCCGUAUCACCACCCGCAACGCGACAAGCGCAUUCAAACGCAGUCAGUGAUGCGGAUGCUGGGCUUCACUCACGUGUACAGGGAACGGCCGGCAAAACUGUGGAAACGACUUCGCAACUUGUGAAAGAUAUCACGAGCCGAUGUGAUACAGUCCUGGAGCGCGCGCAAAACCUGCUAACGCGGGCAAAGGAGCAGGAGGAACUAGUGAAUAGGGUGCUAGAAGAGCACAAGCCCCGACCACACAUUCCCAUAACCCAAUCCGAAGAGCGAACCCCUCUGCAGAGUCCAUCUGAGGCCACCCAACUGACCGCCACUGGCGACGGGGACGUCUUACCGAAUGCCCCGUCAAGCCCACCGGCGGCGCAGAAACCCAAUGGGUGGUUUAAUUGGGUUUCCACGGCAAGGCGGGGGUCGCGUUCGACCUCGGUGCCCUGCCCGCCACCCACCCCGGCGGCGGUGGAGGGCCCCGACGGUCCCGCCAGCCCCCCUUCCGAGACGCCGCCCUCACCCUCCCUCCUCAGGCGGGUCUGCCGCUCCAUCCAGCGGCUUUCGCAGCACCUCGUGUCGCCGGCGCCGGCCUCCACCCGACAAACCUCCCCUGGUAUCGACGAGCCCGCGGGGCCAGGGGCCGACGAGGAUGGCAAGGCCUCGACCGCGCACCGCAAGUCCGUCUUGUUUCUCGGCCCCGACAAGCUGGAGAGCGUCACCCCGACGAAGAGGCACCGCGGCUCCUCCUCCUCCUCACCUUCGGAAAAGUCCGAGUCCGUGGCGGCAGAGCCCGAGUCGGCCUUGUCGACCCCGCAGCCACCCGCCCCACGACAGUCCGCAGUCAAGCGGUCCCGCAGUCCGCGCGUGCCCUCGACAUCCCCCUCAACGAAGUCGAAUAGCAAGGCAGGCGCGAAGCGCAGCAGGACGAACUCUGUCCCUGCGGAGCAAAAACAGAAAAAGGAGUCCUCCAACAAGCGCGCGUCGCCCUCGCAGCCUCCAUCGCAAAAAGAACACCUUACCGUACCGGAUCCAGACAAGCCUUUGGCUGAAUCCUCCCUGGCUUCGACACGCUCUUCGACAUCCAGUCAGGGCUCUAAUCCAAAGUGGCAGCAACACCUCGAGAUGGUUACGUUCAUCCAAACAAACUCGAUAAAAAAGUGCCUUCUAAACUUCACAAAGGCCGACCUGCUGAAGUUUUUGCAUUCUGAAGGAGUAGCGCAUGUGUCUGAAGAACUAAACAAAAAGCAACUUCUGGAUGAGGCACGUGCCCUAGUAAAUAAAUAA